CAAAAUACAGAUGAAAUAGGAACGAUGCCGCUCUGAAAGGAACGUAAAAUGGUCGGAAUGGCGAAUAUGGACGAUCACGAAAGGAAGAUCGUCACGGAAUUCUGUCACUUGCUGGAAAAAUCCAAACAACUGUUCAACGGGUUAAGGGAUUUGCCUCAGUACGGACACAAACAAUGGCAGGCGUAUUUCGGAAGGACUUUCGACAUUUACACAAAACUAUGGAAAUUUCAACAGCAGCACCGUCAAAUUUUAGAUACAAAAUACGGACUGAAGAGGUGGCAGAUUGGUGAAAUCGCAUCUAAAAUUGGACAACUAUAUUAUCAUUAUUAUUUGAGAACCAGCGAAACAAAUUACUUAAAUGAAGCAUACUCGUUUUAUUCAGCUAUUAGAGGACGUGCGUACUAUUCGAGGGCUGCAAAAGAAGAUAGAUCGGAGUUGAUGGUGAAGAAACUAAGAUACUACGCACGUUUCAUAGUAGUUUGUCUUCUUCUGCGUCGAAUGAAAUUGGUGAGGGACUUGAUAACAGAAUUGGACAGACAUAUCGCAGAUUAUACGAGCACCUACGAACCCGACGACCAAAUCGAAUGGAGUCUAGUUCUGGAAGAAAUCAAGGGUUUCAUAACGUCCGACUCCUUGGUGUCUGUGUUACAUCCAGAUACGAAUCCUAUUGUUCUAUCACACAGAUUAAGUCCGCUCACAACACCGCCAGUAGAGAAGUCACAGUACAUGAACUUAACUUUGCAAGAAAUUCUAAUCGUAGGUAGUACUUCUGAGCAAGUCAAGUUCUCGGAACUCACGAUGGACAUGUUCAGAAUGAUUCAGACCCUGGAACGGGAACCGCAGGAAGAUUAUAAUCACAUCUACGACGCAUCGCCGGCACCCGGAAGAGUUCCUUACGGAGUUCCUAGUCAGAAAGGUUAUUUGGAGAACGGCGAUCGGCCAGGAAGACGAGAAAAUCCUCACAAAUAUCUUUUGUACAAACCUACUCUUAGUCAAGUUCUUGUGUUCUUGGCCAGCGGAUUCAAGGAACUACCUACAAAUGGUGCUUUACUAUUAUAUCUGUCUGCUGAUGGUUGUUUCUCUACUACAAAACAUCCAGAAGAUAUGGGUUAUGAUUUGGGUGGUGUUCUGACAAGCAGUAAACGAGAUGGAGAACACAAGAAACAAAAAGAAGCUCACUGCCUUUAUCCUGGUGAUCUGUAUCCGUUCACGAGGAGACCUUUGUUCGUUAUUGUCGAUUCGGACAACAGUUUCGUUUUCCAACACAUUCCCCGAUACUUUGGUCAACCGCUAGUCACUCUCAUGUCACCGCAGGACACUCCUCCAGCUUUUCUAGAUCAACAGCACAACGGUUCACUUUUCACCCUGUUCCUGCACUCACCGCUGACCGCCUUCUGUUACUGCUGCAACCUGACCAGCAUACCGUUCCACCACUGGGAACGUUGCCAGAGUUUCGUCGACCGUUUCGUCACCGAGGCUUCGAGGCUGUUCGCCAGAUCCAGAGUCGAUUCGUCAUACAUUCAGUUCUUCGGCGACGAUUUCCUCCGCCUGUUGCUCCUGCGUUACGUUUUCUGCGACGUGGUGCUGCACCUGCACCGUGCAUUCAGAGGACGCCAAUACCGUCCCAGAUGCCAACCGCCGUUGCCGGAGGCGGAACUGCUCGAGCACCCGUCGUUGCAGGGCUACGUGCUGGAGCUGGCGAGCCACCUGGAAGUGCGUACGCACUUCAUGGAGAGCCACGAGAUCGAAUGAUCAAGGAUUUCCUCCUCAUGGACGUGUGUGGGGUUUAGGUGGGGCGGCGGGCAUACCCAUGAGGAUGGAAAUCGUUUGAAGAAUCUAUUCACUAUGACAGCCUUCGCCACAGUGUUUCUGCUGCUUGCAUAUGCGCACCCUGCGUAUAACGUUGUCGGAGCUUUACAAUUUUUUUGGACACUUUACAUGUUAAUUGGAAUGUGUGGUAAAACUUAUCCAGUAUUAGGAAAGAAUGAGGAUGACCGCACGUCGUCUUAUUUUUGGACAGCUUUAGUAAAAUUAAAUACGGUGAUAUUAUAAUAUGGCUCAGUGCAGAGCACAUCGUCUUUCAAAAUCCGUUCCCUUGUCGAUUUAUCGUUAAAAUCUCGACUUUGGACCUUAACGUAUUUUAAAACAUUGCCAUUUUCUUCUCACCAUCCUCUGUAUUAUAAAAUCUAUUUUCUUCUUGUCGAAAGAAUUCCCCAAAAAUGUCUGUUCCAACAUGAUAAGUAAAUUACAAUUUAUAAUGUCGAUGAUAAAAUAAUAAUAUUAAUAAGUACGUUAUUAGAUACUCGAAAAAAAUUCUAAUACUAACUACUAACUAAAAAACAUAGUCCAUAGAGAAUUUCAAUAUUUUCAUAUAAUCAUUUUGUCAUGUUAUGUAAA